GGAGUAGAUUAUGAGACCUCACUCUGCUCUCUUAUUCUCUCGCAUUAACAAGGUGAAAGCAAGAGCAACCGUAGCCGGUCGCCGGCGACUUGCGAUUUAGUCGCCUGCCGAGCUCCUAACUGAGUAGCAGCCGCUCCGCACCCAGUACUCGUGCCGGCCCAUGGGAAUAUGACUUCUCUGCUGACACGUGUCUCGCUUUUUUCCACUCCUAUAAAUGCCUUAUCCAGAGACCUCCGCGACCAUCUAGAGAAAACGUCUACUUGCCUUUUUCCGCGACCUCUUCGAAUUCCGCGGAAAGCGCACAAGAGUUGCGGUGCCUUCUCUGCAACGGCCAUGGCGGAUCUUGCUCGGAGCACUGUCCUUGUCACCGGCGCUGGUGGUAGAACCGGUCAAAUAGUUUAUAAAAAAUUGAAGGAGAGAACAGAUAAAUAUGUUGUUAGAGGUUUAGUGAGGACGAAGGAGAGCAAAGAGAAAAUUGGAGGAGCUGAUGAUGUUUUUGUCGCUGAUAUAAGGGAUUCCCAAAGCAUUAUCCCAACAGUUCAAGGAAUAGAUGCUCUUAUCAUCCUUACUAGUGCUGUCCCAAAAAUGAAGCCAGGAUUUGACCCAAGCCAGGGUGGGAGACCAGAGUUUUAUUUUGAGGAUGGAGCAUAUCCUGAACAGGUUGAUUGGAUCGGCCAGAAAAAUCAGAUUGAUGCUGCCACAUCUGCUGGGGUGAAGCAUAUUGUUCUUGUUGGUUCUAUGGGUGGAACAGACCUAAAUCAUCCCUUGAAUAGUCUAGGGAAUGGAAAUAUAUUGGUGUGGAAACGGAAGGCAGAGCAAUAUCUGGCGGAUUCUGGUGUACCAUACACAAUUAUAAGGGCUGGAGGACUUCAGGACAAGGAUGGGGGCCUGAGAGAGCUUCUUAUAGGUAAAAAUGACGAACUCCUUCAAACCGAAACCAGAACAAUUGCUAGAGCUGAUGUUGCUGAAGUCUGUAUACAGGCUUUACAGUUUGAGGAGGCGAAGUUUAAGGCAUUCGACCUUGCGUCGAAGCCAGAGGGCAGUGGUACACCAACAACAGACUUCAAGGCUCUCUUCUCUCAAGCCACCGAACGUUUCUAAGCCUUCUCUAAGGUUCCCUACUUCGCCCCGGUUGUAUUUUAUGCGCUCACUCCAGCAGGUGAGAACUGUUGAUUUCUGUUGUUAAAUUUGACACUCAACUAUGCUGAACUUGGAGCCGAGGACUGUUCAUUUUGCCCCUAAAAAUUAGUAAAUCUAUUUUCAGACUAGCUUUGCAGGGUUUUCUUUGUCAAUGUUAAUGCUUGUAUCUAACACUUUGAAAUUUUUCACUUUAUUUUCAAUUAAUAUGCUGCACAUUCAAGCA